AUGAGGAAAUGGUGACACAUUCAUGUUUUGAUAUGCGUGUGACAGACUGUGAUUUUUUUUCUUUUCUCUCUUUUUUUAAGCGUGACGUUGUGACGUUUUUGACCUCGUGCCUGCUGGCAUCCUUGGGGUUAUCCCUGCUAAAUACCACUUCUGACGCGCAACGGCGGCUGAUAGAAGCAGUGCACUUGUUUACUGUAUCCUCUGUUAUUUCACUCAGACUAAGGGGUUCAGUUUAGGGUGACUGUUUUUUCAGGGUUGUGUCUCUGGUAAACUCAAGGAAAAAUAUCACAGUCUCAUCAAAUUACACUGGUUUUUAUGCAAGUACCAGUGCAGGAAAAGUGUCACAGCUUUCCUCCAACAUUUUAAACACCAGGGGACUUCACGGGAGAACACGCCUACUAAAUCUUAUCAGCUAUUUACAAAAUUGUUUUCAGCGUGGUCCUUCAUCACUUUGCCUUUUAGGACAUAUCAACAAAACCAGCCAUUCGGGCAACAGCGCUGCCUGUGUCAUUCGGCUCAUGUCAUUCGAGUUACCACUGAAGGAAGCGUGCGAGUGUAGGAGACCGCCCCAGUGCCCGCUGCUGCAUCCAACUCGCUUUCACACUCGGAUUCAUUCACACACACUUUUCCCACCGGGAUGGAGCCGCUUCGGACAGCGCGCAGAUCCAGCGGAGACCGCACACGCUUCCACGCGGCACACAUGGCUGCAAACCUAUGGCGACUCGUUUCAGCGUGCGCGUGGACAGUAACGAUGGUCUCAAGUUCGAGGACGAGGAUUUAUCCACCCAACGAAGUGACCCUGCUGGAUACCAGGACAGUGCCAGGAGAGCUGAAAUGGGCAGCGAGUCCUUUGGAGGGAGGGUGGGAAGAGGUGAGCAUCAUGGACGAGAAGAACAUCCCCAUCAGAACGUACCAGGUGUGUAACGUCCUGGAACCCAAUCAAAACAACUGGCUGAGGACGGACUGGAUCCCUCGGUCAGGCGCUCAGCGGGUCUACGUCGAGGUCAAGUUCACCCUGAGAGACUGUAACAGCCUGCCCGGCGUCACCGGCACCUGCAAGGAGACAUUCAAUUUGUACUACCACGAGUCAAAUGAAGACAGAGAGAGCUACAUCAAAGAGAGCAGCUUCAUUAAGGUGGACACCGUGGCUGCAGACGAGAGCUUCACCCAGGUGGAUGUGGGAGACCGCAUCAUGAAACUGAACACUGAGGUGCGAGAUGUAAAAGUCACAACCAGGAAGGGCUUCUACCUGGCCUUUCAGGACGUCGGCGCGUGCAUCGCUUUGGUUUCCGUCAGAGUUUUCUACAAAACCUGCCCGCUCACCAUUCGCAACCUGGCGACCUUUCCCGACACCGUCACCGGCGCCGACACAUCCUCCUUGGUGGAGGUCAGGGGAUCCUGCGUCAACCAAUCGGAAGAAAGAGAGGAACCUAAAAUGUACUGCGGCGCUGAUGGGGAAUGGUUAGUUCCUAUUGGUGGAUGCCUCUGCAAUCCAGGAUACGAGGAGAAGGGCGGUGCAUGUAAACCCUGUUCUGCCGGUUUCUAUAAGUCCAAGUCUUCAGAUGCAGGGUGCGCCAAGUGCCCUCCACAUAGCCACUCACUCAGGGACGGGGCGACUGCCUGCGACUGCCACUCUGGGUUCUACCGUGUCGACGCUGACCCUCCCUCCAUGGCCUGCACCCAGCCACCGUCCGCCCCGCAGCAGCUCAUCUCUGUGGUGAAUGAGACCUCGGUGGUCUUGGAGUGGGCCCCCCCUCGCCGGCUGGGAGGAAGGAGCGACACCAGCUACACCGUGGAGUGCCUCAUAUGUCAAACCGGGGGCCAGAGCCAGACUGGCGGCAGAGCGCUCACGAGGAGCCGCAACGUCUCCCAACCCGAGGCUCAGCAGAGCGGCCUGGGGAUGCAGUCGGACCAGGGCAUCGUGGGACCUGAAGCCCAGCUGGGCAGGGGCGUCUUCCAGAGCAGGCCCGGGGACUACCCCCGGCUCAGCUCCAGCAGCUCCAGCUCCGCCUCCAGCUCUCAGCUCUGCCUGCCCUGCGGCUCGGACGUGCUCUUCUCUCCCGGCCAGGCCGCCCUGAGGGCCACCAGGGUGGUCGUGAGCGAGCUCAGGGCCCACACCCACUACACCUUCAUCGUCCACGCGCGCAACGGGGUCUCCCAGGCCAGCGGCGCAGGGGCAGCGCAGAGUGUGUCCGUCAGCGUCACCACCAACCAAGCCGCUCCCUCUCCGGUGUCAUCCAUCCAAGCCACCGAUUUCACCAGGCACAGUUUGUCGUUGUCGUGGCAACAGCCGGACAGACCCAACGGGGUCAUCCUGGAAUACGAGGUCAAGUUCUAUGAAAAGGAUCAGAGGGAGAGGUCCUACCGCAUAAUGAGGACCUUCUCUCGGAGCGUGGACGUCACCGGCCUCAGCCCCCUCACCGUGUACGUGUUUCAUGUGCGCGCUCGCACGGCCGCCGGGUAUGGAGAGUUCAGCUCGCCGUUCGAAUUCUCCACCAAUUCAGAUCCCUUCCCUCUGAUUGGAGAAGGAGUGAACUCUGCCUUCCUGCUGCUGUCUGUCAGCGGGGUUGGAAUUUUACUGCUGAUAUCUGCAGCUGUCUUCAUUAUUACUCGCAGGAGGAGCAAGUACGGCAAGACGAAGCAGGACUCGGAGGAGGAGAAACAUCUUAACCCAGGCGUCAAAAUCUACGUGGACCCGUUCACCUAUGAGGACCCAGAUCAGGCGAUCCACGAGUUUGCCAAAGAGAUUGAUGUUAGCAGCAUUCACAUCGAGAAGGUUAUUGGCAUGGGAGAGUUUGGGGAAGUGUGCAGUGGUCGGCUGCGUGUGCAGGGGAAGAGGGAGAUCUACGUGGCCAUCAAGAGUUUGAAGGCGGGCUACUCUGACAAACAGAGGAGGGACUUCCUGUCUGAGGCCUCCAUCAUGGGACAGUUCGACCACCCCAACAUCAUCAGGCUGGAGGGUGUCGUCACGAGAUGCAAGCCGCUGAUGAUCAUCACAGAGUACAUGGAAAAUGGAUCCCUGGAUGCAUUCCUUCGGAAACACGACGGCCAGUUCACAGUGAUCCAGCUGGUCGGCAUGCUGCGUGGCAUCGCCUCCGGCAUGAAGUACCUGUCAGACAUGAGCUACGUUCACAGAGACCUGGCAGCUCGGAACAUCCUGGUCAACAGCAACCUGGUGUGCAAGGUGUCCGACUUUGGCCUGAGCCGAGUUCUGGAGGACGACCCAGAGGCCGCCUACACUACAAGGGAGGCCACUGGGACUUAUCUUUCCCCCGGAGGGAAGAUUCCCAUCAGAUGGACUGCUCCAGAAGCUAUCGCCUACAGGAAGUUCUCCACGGCCAGUGAUGUGUGGAGCUACGGCAUUGUCAUGUGGGAGGUGGUUUCAUACGGAGAGAGGCCCUACUGGGACAUGAACAACCAGGACGUAAUUAAAGCGAUAGAGGAGGGCUACCGGCUGCCUGCGCCGAUGGACUGCCCCGUGGUGCUGCACCAGCUCAUGUUGGACUGCUGGGAGAAAGAGCGAGCAGACAGGCCCACAUUCAGCCAGAUACUCAACAUGUUGGACAAACUCAUCCGCAACCCCGGCACUCUGCGCCGGACAGGAGGGGACAGGUACAUAAUGUACAUACCCACAGGCGCCAUGUUGGAGUCAGGGGUGGCUUCAGAGGUGUGCGUGUCGGUCCUGCCAGAGGUGUGCGUGCCAGAGUGGUCGGUGUGUGAGUGGCUGCAGUCCAUCGGGUUGGAGAGGUACAGGGACACCCUGGCAGCAGCGGGUUACACCAGCCUCGACAGUCUCCUGGCUCUCACACACCAGGAGAUGGACAGACUUGGAAUAAUCACGCCCUCGCACCAGGACAUACUAAUUGCCAGUGUGCAGCAGGAAAUGCUGUCUCAGAUGCAACACAUGCAACACUCGAUGGUUCCGGUCUGAGCUGGCGGGCGGAUACAAACCUGUUUUUGAGAAUUUCAUUUACCUCAUCUGUGCACUUUAGAGGGACUUUUCACCAGUGGAACUACAAGGAAUGGAGUAAUAUAAAUAAAUACAAUGUGAGAAGGAGAAGAAGAAAAAGAAGAAGAAGGACGAAGACGAGAGAAAAGCAGCACUUUUGUGAACUUCCAUCGUGUGGAGUUUUCUAUAAACCAUGAUCUGGACGAGGCCUCAGAUAGCAUGAAGCUACGGAGAGCUUAGAGCGGCGCCCCAUCCGCUUAUCCACUUCCAUUCCGCCUUGUUUUCUUAUCUGUUUUGUGAAGGCUGACAUGUGCAUAAGCAGAAUGGCUUCCAACUAUUUUUUUCUUCUUCUUCUGCUGCUUUUGUGCUCGACUUGAAUAAAAUGUGUUUAGUGUUUGCUCGUGUGUGUGUGUGUGCGCGCGCGUGCGUGCGUGCAGCGUGAAUGUGUCCAACUCCCUUGUUGAGAUGUCAGCUGUCUUUGAAUCUUAAUAUGCAAAGUUAAAGAGAGAGUGGGAGGAGCCUGACAGAAUGUACCAUUACAAGCUCUUACUAGUUUCAUACUGGAGGGUCGUGCUAACAAACUGAUUGAUUUACUUGUGUUUUCAUUUCUCCUUUUUUUAAUUUUUUUUUUAUUUUAAACUGAGCGAACUAUGUUUCUGUUGAAUUAGACAUUUAGACUAGAAUGUCGUCCAUUGGUAUCUGUGUAUAUGUUUUUUGUUUAAUGCUAUGAAUUAGCAUUUUUGUUUAUUUAUGGUCCUUUUUUUAAAAUCUAGUUUGUACAUUGUAAAAUAGAAACACUGAGGAGAUAUUGUAAUGAGUGCCAUAUUGCAUUGCAAUAAAUGCCAAACCCAUCCAUGUAAAUAGGUUUUGUUUGAACACAA